AUGGACACUCCCAAAAACCGAAAACAACGCCGAGCCGCAGCCGCAGCCUCGUCCAGCAGCGACAGCAACGCGUUCGACCCAUCGUCGAUCCCAAUGGCCAGACCCCCACAGGGCUCAUCCAUGUCGCAGGGCAAAACGCUAGUGGACAUUAUUGCUGAGAGGCAGAGCGAGCUGCUGCAUCGCGCGAACACGUCCGCUGCGUCUGUGCCGGGGACGCAGUUCGUGACGAUCGAUCCUGUGACGGGGAAGAUGUCCAAGACGCAGUCUGGGGGGUUUGUGGAGGAGAUCUCGUCUGAUGAGGGAUUACACUCUGACGUUGAAGACGACAACCACAACAGCGACAGCGACAGCGACAACGACAACGAAGAUGAUGAGGAUGAGGAUGACAACGACAAUCAAAAAGAACAAGCCGACCACCCCAUCCCCCCCCUAAUCGACACAAUCCUCCUCUCGCUCCCACUCACAACCCUCCAUCUCACCCUGAGUUACCUCGCCGCGCACCAAUACGCAGAAAGCAUUGCACUCGACGAACUCCUCCGCGAAUCCGCCUUCCUCACCUUCCCCAUCUUAACGCUCCUCAUCCAUCUCGCCCACGGCCACAUCGUGUCUUUCGCGCGGGUCUGGCCCUACGACACGCCCGAACCCGUCUCGCUAAUCCCGUGGUCCAAUGACAAGAUCUCUCUCUCGUUUCUGCGCAAACUGCUGUUUCCGCCGACGUGGCGGACUGUCGUAUUCCUGCCGGUUGCUGUUGCCCUCGGGGUGAAGCUGAUGACCAUCACUAACGAGGACCCGUACUACGCCGUGAUGAAGCGCGCGCCGGCCAUCGGCACCAUCUGGGUGUGGUGUAUCUUGGAAAUGCCAGUGGGGGCAACCGUUUUGGGGGCGUUGGGGCCGUUGGUGUGGGGGGUUUGGUGGAGGGGGUAUGGCAUUGUUUGA